AUGAGUGUGGCUGUGUCCUUGUACAAGGGCAUAGUGAUUUACAAGUAUCUACUAGCAGUAGAAACAAUUCCUCUUGCACGUGCCUGCUGUUGCUAUGGUUACGGGUACACUUCCGCAAACAAAACUGCCUCGCUUCUCUUCGCUAGAACUUCUCUUUCGGUGGGCUUUGUAAACUCAUUUUCAAGCAUGACUUUGCAAGAUAACGACGAUAUCCAAAGGUUUUUGAGGAAUGUUGACCAAAUGAAUGAGCUGGUAAAAGAGUUAAAUUCCAGCGUUGUGUCGCGCCUGCCUUCGCAAGCAGAUCAAUUCAUCUCAUCCCUGGAGCAGAAGGAACCGUGUAAAACCAAAAUCAAUAAGACUGUUAUGAACAAAAAUCCUUCAUCUGAAAACGGGCCAGUGAACAUCCAGUAUGAAUCAAGUCAAAAUCCAGAGAAUUUCUUGAGGAUAUUAGAAAAAGAUGCCGAGGAGAGAAGACUGAGAAGAAAGAUGAAGGAAGAAAAAGCCAAUGCGUUAAGGGAGCAGGGGAAUGAGGCUUUCACUCAAGGUGACUACGAAACGGCUGUUAGGUUUUAUACUGAAGGCUUGGAGCAGCUGCGUGACAUGCAGGCUCUCUACACAAACAGAGCACAGGCCUUUAUCAAGUUGAAGAGAUAUAAAGAGGCCAUCAGUGACUGUGAGUGGGCUCUGAGGUGUAAUGAGAAGUGUAUUAAAGCAUAUGUACACAUGGGAAAAUCUCACCUAGCACUCAAGGAUUUCAAACAGUCCAGGAUUUGCUAUCAAAAAAUUUUGGAGAUAGAGCCACAGCGAGAGACCAUGGUCAAAGCUUAUCUGAGACAAGUGGAUUUGGAAGAGAAGGCAUCGCUCCAGGAAAAGGCAGCUUGGGACGAGCUACAGGAGGGAACAGCGCAGGCCAUGGAAGUACCAGAGCUGCUGAAGAAGCUCGACAGACCCAAUGAGAUCAAUCUUUACUACUGUGGUGGAUUGGAGCUGCUCUCACAGGCUAUUAAAGACUGUACAGGGCAGACAUUAUUCAGAUUAAACAAUGGCUUCAGUAUCAUUAAUGGCAAUAACACUGUAAGAAGCUGUCUCUCACAGAAUUCAAAAGAUCCAUAUGCGGUUGAUCUAUGCUUGUCCAUCGUCAAACUAUGGAGGACAGUUUGCAGUGGAAAUGAGCAGAACCAACAGCUAUUGAUGGAGUGUCCCGGUACUAGAGAACACAUGGUCCAGCUGUUGGCAUCACCGGUACAUGAAAUAAAGAGGGAAAGCCUGGAAUUGCUCAGCAUGUACUCACAAACUCAGCACGGACGAGACGUGCUCAUCGACAACCUGAAUUCAAACCAAAUAGCAGAGAACCUGAUGAGCUGUGUUUGCCGCGAUAUAAGCUCUGCAUUGGCGCUUACAGCGCUGGAGAACUUGGCUGCAGAAAAUAAAUUUAGGAUUCAGUCAAGGGAGAACUUCACAGCAGUGUUUGCCCUUCCUCUUGAACAUCUGCUGUCAAAUAUCAUGACAGCCGACCAUAAGAAACUGGCUUCUGUGAUUUCUGUGAUCGGGACCAUGGCUCUGGAUAAUGUCAUCAGUAAAAAGCUGGCAGGACGUAGCGAAUUUUGGAGAUGCUCUCUCCAAACUAUGAAGCAGUGCAUCGGCUGUGAAUGUGGAAGUGUCCUCUAUCCCCUCCUGGGUUUGAUGAUCAACUUAGCCUCAAAUCCCUCUCAAGUUGUCCAGGAGCACGCUGUUCUGGCCAGCAGCAGGUGCUUGGACCUGCUGAGCGAUUCCUUUGGGGGCGUCAUCACAAGAGCUGCAGGUUUGCUGAGCGUUCUCCUCCCGAUGUCUUCUGAUGCCACUCAAGAAGUUGUGCGAAAUGGAAUAGUGAAGAAGUUGCUGAAGAUUCUGAAGGUAGGAGGACAGAUGAGCUCCAGAUACUCCAUUAAAGCUCUGACAUUCUGUACUGCCUCAAUCCCACAGGCCUGUGAAGAGCUGGUAAAGCUUGACAAAUGGCUGCUCACUUUGAGAAAACUCCUGGGCAGUAUUGACGAGUUGGUGGUGGGGAACGCAGCUUUGUGUAUGGGCCAUUGCUUAGAAGUGGAUGGAGCUGCUGGUAGCCUCCUAGGCACAGACUGUGUUCAGUUGCUGCUACACCAUGCUGCUGGAGACGGCAAAAGAGCAGCCAUUCGGCAGAAUGCAGCCAUUACUCUUGGGAAGCUGUGCAAAACAGAGCCCAGGCACAUGGAGAAACUCAGGGAGCUCCAUGGUUUAGAAAUCCUUCAUUCCUGUGUAAGAUUGAUCACGUGAGCCACUACCACUCAUUCGGUUCCUCAGUAAAUGACCUCAUAACUCAGGACCCGCACACACACACAAAGAGAUGACUGCUGUCCUUUGCUUUACAGCUUAAGAUGCUCAUCUUAAGUGAGGCCACAAAUUACUGUCAUGCCUUAAGGCCUAUCUUGAUUAGGAAGCUGUUUCCUGUGUUCGUUUUAAUUAGAGAGAAUUCACACUGACAUGUGACUCUGUUAUCUGCUGUUGUAGAGAACAUGUUGCCCUGGGACGAUAUUCGAAACAUUUCAAUUUCCUUUCAUCCCAAAUGACUCACUUGGGAGUGUGUUGUCUUGAUUACAUUUUGCUUUCUGUUUGUUGAAAAAUUGAUUAAUAUUAGCUUUCAUGUGUUAAAUAAAAAAGGUUAAUAA